AGCUGGUAACUUUGCAGUUUAAGAAAUAAAAAUGUAAUACGUUUUUCAAAUAUAAAAAAAUGACUUUAUUUUCGGAAUAAUUUAAGUAAUCCUUUAAAUCCGAACCAAACUCAAGUCCACAAACUCUUAUAAUGUAUUAAAAAGAAUAACUUUUCUAUCUGGCUAUUGAUAAAUAACGACUUUGACAUUCCACAUAAUAAACGGAGAACGGCAACACUACAACUUACUUUUUGGCAUUUGCAAAUUGAAAGUCAAAGAUUUGGAGAAACUCAGAAAAGAACAAAUCCAUAUAGAAUAAUCGAAAAGGAUUUUUGGUGUUGGGCUAUUGGGAUUUUAAAAGUAGUUUUACAAAGUGUACAAUAGUGGGAGUGUUGUUCGAUAUAGUGGAGAUAAAUGUAUGUAGCACGGUGCAGAAAAAACGCAUCAUCAAAAUUAACAACAACAAAUUGUGCCAGCGCCCUGACUCCGACCCUUUUGUGAAUCUUUAAUUGCAGUAUUUAAUUAAACUUAAUAAUAAACUUAAAACUGUCAGAACAAAAGAGAAACUGGCAAAGAGCUGCAAAACGAAAAAAUAACAAAGUUACACUAUAAGAAAAAUACGGAAGUGCACGGAGGAGCAACAGUAACGUUAUGAUCAAAUUGUUUUCACUGAAACAACAAAAAAAGGAUGGCGAACAGUUGGCUCGCACCGGGCAGCAAAAGAAAGCAUCAGCUGCGCAGCUACGUAUACAAAAAGACAUCAACGAGUUAAACCUGCCGAAAACAUGCGCCACUGAGUUUCCCGAUCCAAAUGAUUUACUCAAUUUUAAGCUAACGAUUUGUCCUGACGAAGGUUUCUAUAGAAACGGACGUUUCGUUUUCAGUUUUCGUGUAGGACCCAACUACCCACAUGAACCACCAAAAGUAAAAUGCGAAACACAAGUCUACCAUCCAAAUAUCGAUCUAGAGGGCAACGUCUGUUUAAAUAUUUUGCGUGAAGACUGGAAUCCAGUACUGACAAUUAGUUCUAUUGUUUACGGAUUACAAUUUCUAUUCUUGGAACCUAACCCGGAAGAUCCACUGAAUAAGGAAGCAGCAGAUCAAUUGCAAUCAAAUCGUGCGCUUUUUGAACGCAAUGUCUUAAGAGCGAUGCAGGGUCAUACUGUGGGUGAUACCCAGUUUGAGGCAUGUCUCAAGUGAUAUCGAGAAUCAACAAUUUAACUUUAGGAUCAGCGUCUGCCUUCUCAACUUUAUAUUAGGUUUUGGUGGGCGUUUUUAUAUUAAUUUAAUUUUCAAUAUUAAUUAAAGAAGGAAAGAAGCAAGUUAA